AUGCCAUCUUAUGCCAAGUUCCUCAAAGACAUUUUAUCAAAGAAAAGAAAGCUGGAGGACUAUGAGACUGUUGCUCUUAUAGAGGAAUGCAGUACCAUAUUACAGAACAAGUUGCCACCAAAACUCAAGGAUCCAGAAAGCUUCUCCAUACCUUGUCUUAUCGGUAACAUGAAUAUAGACAAAGCCCUCUGUGAUCUAGGUGCAAGUGUGAGUCUGAUGCUUUUGUCAAUAUGUAAGAAGCUUGAUGUAGGGGAACUUAAGCCUACAACAAUUUCAUUACAAUUGGCUGAUCAAUCUAUGAAAUACCCUGUGGGCAUUCUAGAAAACAUCCCUAUCAAGGUGGGAAAAUUCUUUAUCCCAGUUGAUUUUGUUGUACUAGAAAUGGAGGAGGAUGUCCAAAUCCCUAUAAUCCUGGGAAAACCUUUUUUAGCAACUGCUGGAGCUAUCAUAGACGUUAAGAACGGACAGUUAAAUCUCAAGGUAGGAGAUGAAAAAGUGGAGUUUAGCCUAUUCAGCACAAUGAAAUACAAACUUGAACCUAAUGAAUGCUUCAAGGAUCAAAGAAGCCUUGAUUUCGGCACCAAUAAUGCAACCACCAGAUUGGGGGAUACUGUUGGAGGUGAUGUGUGUUGCAAGGUAUUGCCUCCAAACAUGACUUAUCAGCAAAAGAAGAAAUUUUUGCAUGUUGUGCAGUUCUACACAUGGGAUGAACCUCUAUUGUACAAGAGAUGUAAUGAUGGGCUAAUAAAAAGAUGCAUACCAGAAGAGGAAAUAGAGAGCAUUCUGCAAUACUGCCAUUCAUCAUUAUAUGGAGGACACUUUGACACCACAAAAAUAGCAGCCAAGGAACCCCAAGAUAUCAAUUCUGAAAAGCAAGGAACUGAAAGCAAGAGAGGAGAGGAAUCGUCAAGUCAAAACCACACAAGAGGAAAUUGA